CGCCCAGUCCGUUCGGCGAAGGCGGCGGGAGGGAGUCCUCGGCUAGGUCGGCCCGGCCGCAUCCCAGCGCGGAGCAGCCAGAAAGGCCGCGCGAAUUGUGCCACGCGUUCGGGAAUCGGGUGGGAAUCAGGCAUAAACACCCCCUUCUGCUCAGCAGGCAGGUGGCGGGCGGGAGAGAGGCUCCGGGGGCCGUGCCCCUCCCUGGCGCCGCGGCCGCUGUGGGACAGCCCCCCUCUGCCCGCCCCCUCGCUCCCUGUAAUUGCAAGGACUCGGCUCCCCCUCCUGCCCCAAACGGGAAGGGAGAGGCAGGAGGCCGCUCGAAAGGGCAGCGCCCCCAGAGCUCUCCUGCGCGGCUGGCGCCUCCCGCUCCGUCUGGACCCCUCAGGAUGGGCUCCAAGUUCCGCAGCUGCUUUCCGCGCGUGAGACGCGGAGGGUCGCGGCGGGCCGGCAAGGCGGGCCCGGGAGAGCCCCCGGAAGCAGCUUCUCCCGACGGCCCCGAAAGCGCGGCAGGCCGAGCACGGUCUACCCCCUCCACCAGCAGCGAGGGCGACCCGCAGAGCGGCCGGGCGUACUUCAGCGGCAAAGCCCGCGUCUCCUUCCGCCACCAGCUCGACUCGGAGCGGGACUCCACCAGCUGAUCCUCCGGGACGAGCCGAAUGCAGGGACGCCCGCGGGGAAGCCUCUUAGGAAUAAAACGCUCCACCCUGUC